AUGUCAUCAAACAUUAUCAGAAGAUCGAUGAUACACGUAUUGGAUUUGUCAAUGCAACGUUCCAGUAGUCGGAAGCUAGGCAUUCGGUCGAGCAGACUACGAAUCAGAGAAGUUCUCUUGCCGCACAGAAUCAGUGAGGAGAACGGUGGUGCCUUGGAUUUUAAAUCAAGUAUACGGAGAAAUCUUGUUCGUUCUCCUUACGAUGAGGACGGCUACAAUAAAGUUAUCAGAGCGUGUGCAUUAGUCAGAGAUCUGGAAAUACUUGAACAUGGCGAUAAAACCGAAGUCGGAGAGAAAGGAUUACAGUGUCUGGUGGACAAACCAAUGUACUGCAGUGUGCCAGAGCAGUUUAUUCGCGGGCGGAAAAUAAUGAUUAUGGAUGAUUGUUUGUUUGCAAUGAAUGAUGCUCAGCUGGCAAAGUGUGGUACCUCCGAUGAAAUGCUAGCACCCGAUAUUCUUAAUGAUGCAGGAUUCGAAGACGAAGAAGGCACUUUUGCUGAGACAAAUGUUAUCAAGAAGCCAAUUUCACCAUCAUCGAGCGAGCCUAGUAAGCCGGCGAAGAAAGCGGAAGGAAUGGUGGAAUGA